UCCAAAAGUCAAAAGCUUGUCAUUUUCUCUAACGGUCCUCUCUCAAACAAAGUCAAGGCAAAAAAAGGGCAAAGUAAAGACAAUAUGGAAGCAGAUUGGGAUCUACACGCGGUGGUCAGAGGCUGCACCGCCACCGCUGCCACCAACACCACCACCUCCUCCUCCUCUAGCAGCAGUAGCACAAUUACUACUAUUUCUAACUCUACAAAUGUUCAUCAAGUUGACAACUUUAUUUGUUUUCAAGAUUCAUUUGAGCCAAAAUUUGAUACCACAAAUGCUGUUCAAGAGUUGCAUAGUCUUUACAAGCCUUUUGUUAAUGGAGGAUUGCAAGAUCUAUCAACCCAUCAAACACUAAAACAUCAGCAAAAUCUACACAAUCAUCAGCUUAUUACAGGACUAAUUCAGCCCAAGCAUUUCACAACUAGUAAAACUAGUACGUCCCGUCGUACUUCAUAUCCUCAGAUGAGUCCAAGAAUCCAAAAAAGGAAGAACAAGCUGAAGAAGGUAUGCCAACUGCCUGCUGAGGCUUUGUCUUUAGACAAGUGGGCUUGGAGAAAAUAUGGGCAAAAACCCAUCAAAGGUUCCCCAUACCCUAGGGGAUAUUACAAAUGUAGCAGCUCAAAGGGCUGUUUGGCCCGAAAACAAGUGGAUCGAAAUAGAUCCGACCCUAACAUGUUCAAUAUCACCUACACUUCAGAACACGACCAUCCUAUGCCUACUCAUCGGAGUUCCCUCGCCGGAAUUGCCCGCCAGAAGCCGGUGAACUCAAAAGCCAGUUCUACAGGUGAAACUAACAAACCCUCCACCUCAUCACCGGCGUGCCUCUCUCCGGUACCGGAAAAUCAAGAAUGCAGUAAGGAAGACAAAGAAGAUAGUUUUGAUGCAGUUUCAGAUGGUGGCAACUGGCAAAUAAGACCCAAACCACCGUAGACGGCAGUGGUUGACUCUGCUGAAAAUUCAAUGUUAUAUCAUACUCUCUUUCAGCAAAUUACUGAGUAUAUAAGAUAUUCCACCACCACAGUGAAGCAAAGGUUGCGUAGUGCUGCCAAACAUUCUCUAGGAAAAUAUAUUUUCCAUAGAAAACAUUUUCUCUCCUACCAAACACACCCUAUAUGAAGUGAAUUUUGGUGAAAUUAAAGAAGGCAUUGUGGCAGUUUAGGCAA